AAUAUUUACAAUUUCCCGGUUCAUAGUUAUACUUUUACCAUAUAGUUUUGUCGACCAUUGAACCCCUUCGUGUAAGCUGUAGGAAUGCUUGCGGUUCAGACUGGGUGAUAUAUACAUGACCCACUAUUACACUGUCCAAAGCACAGCGGGAUCUCUGUACCGGAAUCCGAGUUACAUCGCUCCGAUGCCAAAUUCGAUGCAUAAUAGGUUUGGAAAGCGACAGUACUACAAAUGCACCUUGAAAUGUUUUGUGUGAAUUGCACAGUUGGCAGCAUCGUGUCUAGUAACAACUUACUCUUCUAUUACAGAUGUGCUUAGUUUUUGGUUUGCACGGUUAUGAUAUCGAACAAUAAAUUCCUCGAAAUAUCUCCCAGCAGCACCUCAGUCGUCCCAUUACGCCGCCAUUACUCAUCUACGUGAAAUCAAUGAAAUGUUGUCAAAUCUGAGCAAUCACAGCUUGCUUUUUUAGAUCUUGAUUUUUUUUUUUUUGAAAAAAAAAAGAAAGAAGAUAAAUGAUAGCGAGAAGGAAGAGAAAUAUUUCGUGUAUCAGUAUUGCUAUUGCUCUCUGAGAUUCGCAUGCUGGAACAUUGCCUUCUCUGCGCUUUCGACCAAACCAUGUGUUAUUUUAUCACCGUGGAUAACAGUGUACGAGGUUUUGUAGAACUAUAUCGAAAUGCAAUUAUAUUAUUUUAAUAGGAGAUAGUUAAUAUGGCAGGAAAUAAUAGAUGUUUACGAUGUGCGACGCAUCGUCAGAAUACGGUGAAAUCUGAAUCCAGUAUUCCGAGUUAAAAUUCAUUCAGUGUGUAGAAGACCGGAACAUGCGACCCAAGUAAUCGGGCAUUUUAUCAAAUCAUCUUCUGAAAGAUUGUGCCUUUUAUUCAGGAUUAUCGCACAGUUUUCUUCCAUGGAUUUACAAAGUGGUGGAGUAAUCUUACAGCUUUUGUUGAAAUGAGUUAGCGACAUUUAAAGAGACUCAGAAGGACCAGAUUUCAAAUAUUAAAGGAAAGGCAUGGAGAAAAGCAGGUCGGAAACAACGAAGAGGCGACUGGAGACCGACAAAUGUCUGCGAUGCUCUCUGUGGAUGUUUUCAGGAAUCGCCAUCUCUUUGAUGGUCAUUUUAUUAGGAUUUACAAUUUGGACGUUGGUGUCGUAUCAGAACACAGUUCAGGCCCUUCAGUCACGGGUAGACAAACUGGAACUGGACAUUGGGUUAUCUGAAUCUAACCGUGAGGAGAUUAUCACGACAAAGGUGGAAGAGGAAGUUACUAAGAGGUUAGAACUGAUGAAGACGCAGCUACUAGAAUUCUACACGCAUUCCCAAGUCCGGUAUAGAAGACAGUCUUGUACUUGUCAAGGUCAAAAAGGCGAAAGUGGACGUAAGGGAGAUAUCGGAUAUCCAGGGUUCCCGGGUUCCAUUGGUCAAACAGGACCUAAGGGCGAAGCUGGUGAACGAGGGCCGCAGGGACUAAAGGGAGAAAAGGGUAACAAGGGCUCUACAGGUUUACCUGGUUAUGAUGGUGGGCGGGGACCAAAGGGGGUUAAAAGGUCAAUACGAUUCCAGGACGAAGCGUUCCCAAAUAUUGUAGAUCUUAAGGGGGCAUCUUACGAAGUUAUUACUAUCAAGGGAGAACCAGGGCAACCAGGUCCCAAAGGGUUACAGGGCAAUCCGGGGGAACCAGGACCAAAGGGAAAUACGGGCUUACCUGGAUUUGAUGGUUUACCUGGUCCUGCUGGCCCACCGGGACCUGCUGGCCCGAAAGGAGAACGGGGUAUUCGUGGAAACCCUGGUGUACCGGUAGCUGGUCUCAUGUUAUCUGUGCCCAAUUCAAGGGGUUAUCCCGCAGGUUAUAUAAAGGGAGAGAAGGGGGAUUUGGGAGAACGGGGUGAAAUAGGACUUCCAGGAUUACCAGGAAUCAAAGGUCAAAAGGGCGACAGAGGUCGGCGCGGGAAAAAGGGUAAGCGAGGAAAACGGGGCCUUGGAAGACCAGGACCCCGGGGACUUGUGGGUAAAAGAGGACUUCCGGGAGAAAAGGGCACAAAGGGAGACAAAGGAUCACAAGGACUGCUGGGAGAACGAGGGUUUGGUAUUCCCGGGAAAGACGGCAAGCCUGGAAUCAGAGGGGUCCCGGGUGAGAAAGGCGAAAAGGGAGACCAGGGUCCUCUGGGACCCUCAGGACAGGAUGGACAAAUAGGUCCCCCCGGACUUCCGGGCCCACCGGGGGACACAAACUUUAUAAACAGCUCAGAGCUGAAAGGAGUUAGUCGAGUGAUACCUGGACCCCCAGGACCCCCUGGACCCCAGGGUCCGCAAGGUGUCCAAGGACGGCCAGGAAUAAAGGGUCAGAAAGGUCCCACAGGACCCAAAGGUGAAACGGGUGAAAAAGGGAACGAUGGACAUAUUGGACCUAUGGGAUUACCUGGGCGUUUUGGGCCGCCAGGUGAAAAAGGUGAAAUCGGAGAUGCAGGUGUUCCAGGGCCGAUGGGACCGCCAGGUCCACCCGGGCCGAUAAACACAGUGAGUGGGGGUGCAUGCACAUGUCAGAAAGGAGAAAAGGGGGAUAGGGGAAGAAGGGGGAGGCGUGGAACAAAAGGCUUGCAGGGAAUGCCCGGACUAGACGCCCCUUGUCCCGUGGGUGAUAAUGGCCUUCCGUUGCCCGGAUGUGGUAUUCAGUAUUACAUGAAGGGGACCCCGGGCUGCCCCGUGGGUCCAGAUGGGAGAGCACGCUGUGAUAACAGUGGAAAUUCCAGAGGCUAGUGGGAUCUUUUGUGGCAUUUCACACAUUGGGAUUCAUAGAAAAACGCGUUCAUCUUAUCCAACGUAAUCUUCGUGCCUAUAUUGACAAAAGAACUCAACAAAUGUGCUGAUGCCUGAAAUUGGCAGUUUGUGGACGACUGCAAUCAGAGACGUCCGUUCUUCAUGUUCACCUUGCUCAUUUCACAUCCUGUACUUCACUGUGUGGCAUUAUCCAUAUUUCAUUAUUUGUUGUACUUCAAAUGUUUGCAUAUCGCAUUAACAAAACUCCUGAUGUAUAUAUAUAUUUUUACUUCUAAAUAUUAUUCAUUUAAAAAGGUGAAAAAUGAGCUGUAAUGUAUAUUUGAAAGAUACCUUUAUUUUUCAGUUUUCCAUUUAGUAUAAUAGUUGUAGUAUUGUAUAUUGCAUACUUAGAAUAGAAAUAAUGAAUAGUCCUUAUUUUACAUGUAUAAUAUGUAUAUGUAUAUACAUAGUUGUGGGCGUGUCUUCACUGCUAGAAAAAUGCAGAUCUACUGACAGAUGCUCUGGAUAAAGUUAAAUAUAUUCAUGCUUUUAGAUUUCAAACGUGUCAUUGGUAUUGCAGUGAAGGGUUUCACAGUUAUCGUUUGAUAGUGAAUGGUCCUUUUGUAUAAACUUGAUCAAAAGUAUUCAAUGGUGAAGGAUAAGUGAAUUUGUAAAAUAAUGGUCUUAAAAGUCAAAAAGCACAAAAUGUUUUACGCUAUGUAAAAAUCUUCAGAAAUUUACAGUACUUUUAUAUGUAGUUAUUUCGGAUUUCAAACAUUUCGGUUGAGCAUCACUGAAGAGACAUUAUUUGUCGAAAUGCGCAUCUGGUGCAUCAAAAUUGGUACCGUAUAUGUUUUACAUGUAGGAUAAGAUCAUCUAUACAAUGGGAAAAAAUGAUAAUGUGUAGUAAAUUAGCAAUUAUUUCAUGAAAUGGCGUAAAAUUUAUAUAAAGAAAAUUGAUGCAUAUAGUGUACAAUGCUGACGAUUAUCAAGUUACACCUGUUAAAUAUGGUAAGUUUAUACCUUAUGUAUGUAUAGUAAAGAUUGAAUAAUAUACAGUUUCAGAACUGCUGAAUGCAGUGUAAUGGUAGAAUUAACUAUAUUUAUUUUUAAAAAUCAACAUUUGUAAUUCAAAUUAAUAAAUAUAUCUGUCUAUCUGUAAUAAAGGUAUAAACAUUGAA